UUGUGCCUAAUCCCGCUCUCUCUCAAGCUCAGAGCUUUCUCUCUCCUCCUCUUUCUGGAGGCCUUUGGAACUUUUAGGAUAGAGAGAGAGAUUCAUUUCUUUAGGUCACAUUGAUUGGUUCCAUUUGAUGUGGUGAGCUGUUUGUAUCUCAGCCCUGCAAACAUGAAGAGAGAAAAUACAGUCACCGCACAUGUUAGAGAACUUCCUGGUAGAAUAACACGUGCUCGAGCUGCUUCACUUCAUACAUCUGGACAUAUUCCCCCACCUAAACCACCCACACAACAGAGUCAGAAGCAGGCUUUGCGGACAAAUUCAAAGAGAGCUGCCACGGAUGAGAACAUUACAAACGCUACUGGUAAUGCAUGUAUCCAACGCAAGAGGAGGGCAGUACUUCAAGAUGUGACCAAUGCUCUCUGUAAACCUUCAUAUGCAAACUGCUUCAAUGCAACUAAAAUUAAGGCUAAGAACAGUAAGCCAACUAAAAAGGGUCAGGCAAAGCUGAUGGAAAUGGCCUUUUCCGUUGCUGGAGAUUCAAAAACCGAGGUUUUGGAUGGAACAGUCAAACUAGAGCUUAAAUCAGACGAAUUUUGGUGUACAAUUAAUUUGGAAGAUGGCAACAGAUUUAUGAGGUCAAAUAAGGAUGUGAAAGAUAUUGAUCAGUUGGAGAAUCAGAGUUCUGGAGUGGCUCCAAAAUUCCAAAGCCCUUCGUUUAAAGCAGAUAAUGGUAGUCUUUCAGCAGACAUGGUUAUGUCAAGCAACCAGCAUAUUGUUAACAUUGAUGCGGAUUACAAGGAUCCACUUUUGUGUAGCCUCUAUGCCCCUGAUAUCUAUAACCAUUUAAGUGUUGCAGAGCUUGACAGAAGGCCACAUGCCAGUUUUAUGGAAACAAUACAGCAAGAUAUCACCAAAAGUAUGAGGGGGAUUUUAAUCGAUUGGCUUGUAGAGGUGUCAGAGGAAUAUGAGUUGGUCCCAGAUACGCUUUACCUCACAGUUUAUCUCAUCGAUCGGUUUCUCUGUCACAAUUACAUUGAUAGGAACAGACUUCAAUUGCUUGGCAUCACUUGCUUGUUGAUUGCCUCGAAAUAUGAAGAGAUCUCUGCACCACGUGUUGAAGAGCUUUGUUUCAUGACAGACAACACUUACUCGAGAGAGCAGGUACUGAAAAUGGAGAGUCAAGUACUGAAGUAUUUUGGUUUUCAACUUUUUGCACCAACCACAAAAACGUUCCUCAGGAGAUUUCUUCGAGCAGCACAAGCUUCUUAUAAGAGUCCUAGCCUUGAACUGGAGUACUUGGCCAAUUAUCUUGCUGAGCUAACUUUGGUUGACUACAGCUUCUUGAAUUUCCUUCCGUCUGCCAUUGCUGCAUCCGCAGUUUUUCUUUCCAAAUGGACCUUAGAUCAGUCCAGCCACCCAUGGAAUCCAAUACUCGAACACUAUACCCUUUACAAGCCAUUGGACUUGAAGAUCACAGUUCUUGCUUUGCAAGAACUACAGCUGAACACUAGUGGUUGUCCUCUGAAUGCCGUACGCAUGAAGUAUAGACAUCAAAAGUACAAAUCUGUGGUGGGUUUGUCAUCCCCGGAACUCCCUGAAAUGCUAUUUUGAAGAUGAUUUCAAGGGACAGCUAACAGAGACUGACAUGUAUACUUUCUGGACAGAAGUUUCCUCGGGGUUUUUUCAGUCACUCCAUGAGGCGGGCUAUUUACAUUCGUUUUAUCCAAUUUUCUUAGUUCUUUGUUUAUAGGUUUUCUGACCUGGGUUUGUGCUUCAAGCAACCUGUGUCUUUUGUAGAAUUGAACUAGGGCUGUCUAGCCACUUAAGCAUGAAACUUGGUUACAUGAACUGUUAAUAGUCGUCAUUAUGUUGAGUUCAGGUUAAUCCAGCGUAAUUAGGCCGAUCGCGGUUUAAUUCAGUUGUAAAGUUUUUCACGACCCUAAUUAAUUAGUGAGAUGUAACUUUUGCAGCCAAAGGUUUUAAUCUAAUGAACCAUAUUUUUGUU